AUGCGCACACACAUCACAUCCACCGCCCGCCUCUGCGCGCGGUGUCGUCGACAGACUGCGUCUUCGCCUUUGGCACCAGCACGCCGCAGCAUCUCGAGCACAUUACUCGCCGCGCCUCGCGUAACGUUCGCCGUCCAAAGACCAACCCCGAGCCCCCGAGCGCGCUGGCUCUCCCAAACCUCGACCCUCACAAAACCCGACUCUCCCUCGACAUCCUCCCCCUCCUCCUCCUCCUCCUCCGCCACCGCCACCGCUGCCGACGCAUCUCCCUCGCAGUCCAAGAUCCCGACGACCCACUACGACUUCUUCCCGCAGACCCUCCCCUCCGGCCCGCCGCCCGCCGGCCACUUCCCCAUCGACCAGCGCACGCUGCGCCGCGAGUUCCUCCAGCUCCAGGCCAAGGCACACCCAGACCUGCACCCAGCCGCCCACAAAGCCCGCGCCGAGGCCACGUCGGCGCGCAUCAACGAGGCCUACAAGACGCUCUCGCACCCGCUGCUGCGCGCCCAGUACCUGCUCGCCCUGCGCGGCGCCGACGUCGCCGACGCCGAGACGCUCCAGGUCGACGCCGACCCGGGCCUGCUGCUGACCGUGCUCGAGGCGCGCGAGGAGAUCGAGGACGCCGCCACCGAGGCCGAGCUCGAGGGCCUGCGCGCCGCCAACGACGCGCGCAUCCGUGCCAGCGAGGACGUUCUCGAGGCUGCGUUUCGCGGCGACGACCUGGAGGCUGCUAAGAGGGAGGCUGUGCGGCUGCGGUACUGGGUCAAUAUUCGGGACAGCCUUGAUGCGUGGGAGAGCGGGAAGCCUGUUGUGCUGGAGCACUGA